ACGUCCAAUUCCACGAAUUCGAUACUGAAUGUUUUUCUUGAAACGAACAUUAUGAAUGUCAGACCAACGUUCAAUUAUAUAGCGCUUAAGUAUAUAUAUUCCUCAUGAUAUAUAUUACAAUGUAUGAUUUUUUAAUUUGUUAUUUGAGUAGAACGUUCAUUUUUUAGUAUAACGUGUGUAGUAGUUAUGAUCUCUGUCUCCAACUCUUUGGAAUUUGUUGCAAUCUAAAGUCACGGAAAAUUAAAAUAUAAACUUGAAGACUGAUAUUCAUCGGUGUCUAACUUGUCUGAGUCCAAGAAAUCGGCUGCAUCAAAACUUUAGUGUGUGGAGCAGUGAGCAGCAGAUGAAUGUUUUUAUAUUGUCUCUAUUCAAAAUAACAAAAGAGCAAAAUGUGUGGUCCCCUCCCUCGUCCAGGCCAGCUUUGCUUAGAAUUUAGGAAAAAGUACAGCAAGAGCUUUGGUCCCCUUCUUAAUUAGCAGAUAUCAAUACCUUAUUAUAUAACAAGUAGUUAUAUGUAUAUAUAGAUUUUAUUAAUUUUACUAUAUCUAUAUAUACUAUACAUGGUUUCAACUGUGAUUAUACUUAAAAUCUGGUAUGUUAAAUCAAAUAAUUUUGGAAUGCAUGUUCCCGUAGUUCCCUGCCUUAUUCCAAAAUAUAUUUCUGUUUCAGCACAUCUACUAUAUAUAUGCUGUUUUCUGUAGCUAUACCCAAAAUUUAUAUUAUUAUAGAUAGCUUAUUAAUCUCCAAUUUGAAAUUCACACUUAAGAACGUCGUCAAAGCAUUAAAUGUUAACAUACUAAUAUACAAUUUAUUUACCUCGAUCGAUACAUGUAAACGUAGCUAUAACCUAUUUGAAUAUUAUGAGAUAUACACUAUAGGCUUCAACUUGAAUGAGUUCUAUUAACAAGUGAGUCCACUAUUCGCAGUAUAAUAUUACUGCAACGUAACCGCUCGUUAUGACGAAACCAAGAACAACUCAAAAGGGAACAGUUUGUGGUCAAGAAAAAAAAAGUAUUAUUUUACUAGGGAAGUGAAAAUGUCAUGUAUAGGAAUAAUAAGAAUAGAAAAAUAGCAACUUACACGAAGCUCAGUGAAGCUUCUGGCAACACUUUCCAAAAAUAACAAAGGAAGGUUGUCGUUUAGGGACAAUUAAAUUAACAAACUUGCAGAUUAUAGACACCCUCCACGGUUACAUCGCAGAUUCCCUCCUGCUUUCUCUUUCUCGUCGAGAGAUAGUUUGUCUGUACUGGAGCAACUUGCUAUCUAAUAUAUAUGCGUGUCUACGUGUGUGACAAUUUGCUCUUAUAAUAAUACAUGCGACUGACUAUAAAUUUACGCACCACCACGAAAAUCUAUUGCUAAUGAAAACUACUUCGUCCAUUAAACAUAUAUAGCCUUAAGUAUGAAUAUUUUGUAUAGUUAUAUAGGCUUUCUAUUAUUGCAAAAAGCACUAAGAUUAUCCGAAUGAAGCUUGUGAAUUUAAAAGCGUUUAAUUCUUUUUAAUGGAAAUAACUGUUUGCAAACUGAAUUCUGAGUUCCGCUUGGUUGUUUCAUCAUUGAUGGAUCCCCUUGUGGAAUACUAGCUAAGAAGAAUAUCUAUGUAGAAAACUGCCAUAGAAGAAAAAAACAGAAUAGACGAAGAAUCAAAACGGCCACAUAAGAAAAAAACAAACUGCCCUAUAUAGAAUGACCAUUAUAUCUGUUAAUAUUGCUAGAGUCACAACUCAUGCAAUAACUUUCUUAACUAGAAUGAUUCCUUAAUCACUGAGCAUAUAUAUAUAGUCUAGUAUCAUAGAACCAUUGCUUUAUACUUCGUUUAAUUUGUAGCUUUUGAUUCUGAUAGAUCUUUCAGACUGAAUAUUUUCUGUUUGAUGUAUAUUGGGAAAUAUCGUGGCCUUGUCCCUUAGUUUCAGUUCCUAAAGCAAAAAAAGUAAAAUCAACUUGUGAAAGAGAAAAAUAAGAAAAUAUAUAAUAUUAGUAUUUAUCUAUUUGCAUAGGAUUAAAAGGGAAGAAAAUAUGAGGAACGAUGUUAAAUCAUACUCUAUAAUCAUAUAGCAAAAGAAAAGGACAAAUUCAUCCAAGAUCCCAACAACCUCUACUAUCAUUGGAGAGGAAAUAACACUAACAUGUGCAACACUACUUACAUAAAUAUUUAACAUUACUUAUAGAAAAGGACAUAAAUAAAAUGACAAAUUAAAUUUAAUUGAUGCAGACGUACAUGCAAAAAGGUGCCUCGAAAUCGACCUGGAAGUGAUACCGCCUUUGUCUAUUACUCAAUUUUUCUUUUUGCAAUACUGAUUCAAUCAUUAUAAUUUGCUGAAGAAGACAUGUCCUAGCUAUGAAACAAUCUCCAAGACUAUGUUACAAGCAUAAUCACAACCCGGGGGAAGAAGAAAAAUACCAAAAGAGCAUCCGUACUUUAUUUUAUUUUGGAUUAGAGAGGAACAUCAAAUUAAUGGUUUUAAGAUAUCGGUUUGUAUUUUGACUAGAUAUUAUAUGCUUUUAUUCAUUUGCUUCUAAAAAUCCAGUGAAUAUCAUGAUAAUGUCAGAGAUCUGAGUGCGAGGAGACGCUUGAAACACGAAUAGAGGAGGAAAAGAUCCAAUGGGACAAAUCUUAUAGCAUCCAAUAUAAAUAGGUGUUGUUUUCUUAUUGUAAUUAUAUUUGAAAAAUCCCAAACUUUCUAUAUAGAUCUAUUUAGAUGGUCCUCUUUCUUUUUAAGUGCAGCUAGCCCACAGUGAGCAAUAAAUUUUCAUUUAUUAUAUUAUGGCACGAAAGCUGGUAAUAAGUAGAUCAAAAUAGAAACCUGAAUCGGUAUAGAUUUUAUUUGUUAGUAUAGUUCUGUUAUCGCUAGCAAUCCAAAGGCAAACUGAUAAAAUGCGAGGCGUAAAGGAUGUAUGUGUAAAUGUUUUCGAAAUCCAUAAUUAUAUCUUAAUAUAGUCUUCUGUUGAAAUUAAGAAAAAUUUAAACGUCUAAACACCAAUAAUGGUGUCCAUCAACACGUGACAAAUAUUUCAUAAUUUGUUUUAACAGUUAAAAAUGAUACUACUACAUUUUACUAUAAAAGAAAAACAUUUGGCGAAAAAGUCGUCAGAUAAAACCAUAAUAGAACAGGGGAGGACCACGUAGGUGCCCAUUUGCACGUAUUUUGGAUUUUUCAAGUAGCCCUCAUGGUUAAGAUUUGGGUCCAAAAUCCACUAUUUUACAUAAUGUUGUAUAUAUUAUGGUGCAGAAAGCAAGAAAAUAAAGACAGGUACAAUUUAUAAUAUUUCAUUUUUUGUAUUACGUUCAUAUAGUGUGAGCUAACGACAGCUUGCUUUAAAGAUGAGAACGUGAAUGUUUUAAACUUUCUAUAUAUACUAUUAUAUUGUAUUGGUGUAAAAAAUAUACUGUAUUGGUGUAAACUGCAUUAUAUAUAUACCUAUAUAUUUGUCUGUAAUGUGAUUUAUACCAAAAUAUCUACAUUUCAUAUAUAUACGAGUGCAUACCAUGAUUUCAAAUUAAUUUUGAAAUUAUAUCUUAUUUUAUUAGUUUGAUAAAUAUUUAUUUUUCAUCUAAUCAGUUUCUUUCUUAUCGAUUUAUUGGUUUAUUGAAUGAAACUGUAAAAUGUAUAGAGUAGUUUUCUUAUUCUCUUUAAAAGGUAAAUAUAAGAUUUUACUAUAUAUAGGCGAAACAUUCCCGUACUAUGUAUGUGACAAUUCAAAGGAAACAAUCUAAGCUAUAUAGCUAGCAAGCAACUGAUUCCUAGAAUUAUUAUUUAUGCAACAGAAAAACUUGCAUAUUUGUUCUAUCAAGUUUUUUUUUUAAGAUGGAGGUGAUUUUUAGUAAACUCAAUAUGAUUGGUGUCUAAAAGAGUAGUAGACUCAACCUUUUUAAGUAAUCAGUUUUAAAACAUAUAGCGUGAGUAUUUUAAUUAAUUAAGAUCAAUCAACUUCAGGUGAGUGCGGUUGGGAGUGUUUGAAUUCAGAUAGAGAAAACUUUUCAUACCAUUUUCUAAUAUGUUUUAUACAUAACAUUCAUUUCACCCAAUGCUAUUGGUUCAACGUUCUUCUCAGAUAGUAUGAAAACUAGUUAGUGUCAACUCUAUUUUCAGGUACAUAAAGACGUUGAAAAAUAAAAUAAAUCAGUCCACCCUUGGGGUAGUAAAAAGGAAAUGUGAAACGAGAGAACAAUUGAAGAUGAAUGCAUGGAAUAGUGUGUGGGUAAGGCAAGGCACAUGCUCCACAAAGUUGCGUGAGGGGUAAGUAUCACUCUUCUUGUGCCCUCUUUUACUCUUUACUUUUUGGGUGAAAAAAAAAUAAAACGCUCUCUCAGCCGUUGGAUCUCUUUUUUCCUUCAUCAUGCUUCCGUCAUCCUAUUUGGUCCCACGCCAUCUCAUAUCAUUAUAGUAUUCAGUUUCUAUUUUUUCUUUUUACUUCGGAUUUUCAACUCUCUUGUUUUUCGUUUUAACAAGUUGCUUCCUCUUCAAAUAGUCUUUGGAGAAUUUAAGAGCUCAAAAGGUGCUCAAAUCCGUCAUCUAGUUCCCAAGAAAAAGUAAUACUGUAUGUUAAAUCUUUUUAGUUUUCUCAGUGGAGAAUGGUUUUGUUUUCUUCCAAAACUAUGUCAGGCAUAAUAUAUUUUUAAUCAGUAUUUGUAAACGCUGGAGUUUUAUUAAAUUUAAUAAUAUAUUGGCUUUUCAGAGGUUAGGUUAGAUGAAUGAAAAAAAUGUUUCUAUGAACAUUAAAUAAUUCUUUUUGUUUUUGAGAAAGGACCAUUAAAUAAAAUUUUAUAUGAAUAUAUAAUUAUAAUAUCGUUUUUCCUUCUCAAAGGAGCACAAGAUCAAACAUGCUCGUCCUAAUUCAGUAGUUUUAUAAUAUUUUCGGCAGCUAUACUGCUAGUCUUCUACUCUUACGUACUUAUUAGACCUCCCAAUUAUUUUUCAUUUUUAUUUGCCUAAAACAGACCCAAUAAACAAACAUAGUACACGCAACAUUUAAAACAAAACAAAUAUAAAAUACAUUGAGGAAAACAUAUAUUUAUAUAUAUAUAUUACCAUCACCAAAUAUAUAUAGAUUUUAGAAAGACCAAAUAUUAUUUUGUUGUUAGAGAAAACCUUGUGGAACUUGAUACCGCUGCAAUGCCAAUGGCUAAUGCCAACUUCAGACGUGUUCAUGGACGCUAAAAAUAGAUAGAAAUUACCUAUAAACAAAACCUUAGCUGAAAACCUAAAACUAACACUGAUGACGAAUGCUAACGUAUCAUAUCUAUCAAUUGCGUCGAAAUUAACAAGGACCCUAUCAUUGAUUUCUUCUUUUGGUAACAUUUGGAGAAGCACGCAAAGAACAUAAUGUUUUUCCAGUAUGCUAUAAACAAGUGACAUCACAAAAUUUUGAUCAUUUAACUUUUUCCAAUAAUUGCAUUUUAUUUUCAAAUGGUCAGAUACUAACUCUAAAUAGGUUGAUUCCUUGGGUUUUCGUGUAGCCUAACAUUUCCUUUUUAAAAAAUAACUUUUAGUUCUUCUUUCUUGUCUAGAGCAUCCUCUUAAUCACCCUACAUCACCUGAGCAUAACUUUCCAUUUCCACUGAAAAUAUACACAAUUAACAUCUCAUAAACCAAAAGUUUCAAAUUUUCCUAUAAGAAAGCCAAGUAAAAUGGAAGUAAACACCAAUACUAUACAUACUUAAAAAGGUCAUGGAAUCCAAAGUGUAAGAAAAAUAAUACCACAUAGAUAUUAUGAUAUAUAGAGAGAGAGAUGAGAGACAAAUAGAAUAAAUAAAAAAAGGAAUUGUCCAGAAAAAUACGGAGUACAGGAAGAAGUAGAAAAAGUAAUAUAAUGAUGGAAAAAGAUAAAACAUCACGCAAAACCUUAAAAGAAAGUCGUCUAGUUGUCGUGUCUUGCUCUCUCCUCGAAUAGUUUUUUGCCGAAGUUUUCACGUCAAAAUUUUAACCCUAAAAAAAAUUUCAUCUCUCCUUUGUAUCAUACUAUAUUAGUACAACUAGUACCCACCUCUCUCUUUCACCUAGCUAACCUUCUCGUUUCUCUUACUCUCCCUCCCUCUUUCGCUUUCUUUCUCCCAAUACAAAAAAAUGUCAGUCAACCAUUACUCCACGGACCACCACCACCACCACAACACUCUCUUCUGGCAGCAACUCCACACCACCGACGCAACAGAGACCACCACCGCCACGUGGCUCAACCAAGACCAGAAAGAGUCUCUCUUCGAGAAAACUCUCACACCAAGCGACGUCGGCAAACUCAACCGCCUCGUCAUACCAAAACAGCACGCGGAGAAAUACUUCCCUCUCAACGCCAUCUCCAAUAAUGCUGACGCGUCAACGGAGAAAGGGAUGCUUCUAAGCUUCGAAGACGAGUUAGGCAAGUGCUGGAGGUUCAGGUACUCUUACUGGAACAGCAGUCAAAGCUACGUGCUGACUAAAGGAUGGAGCAGAUUCGUCAAAGACAAACAGCUUGACCCAGGCGACGUCGUUUUCUUUCAAAGGCAACGCUCUGAUCCCAGGAGACUUUUCAUUGGCUGGCGUAGACGUGGCCAAGGCUCCUCUUCCGCCGUUGCCAAUCCGACGUCGUAUUCUAGCUCAAUGGUAGCUGCUUCUCCGUAUCUCCAAGUCCACGCCUCUAGUAACUACUCUAAUCCUCCUUCUCACUCGGAGUAUUCCCACUACGGCGCCGCCGUAGCAACAGCAUCGGAGACUCACUCCAUACCAUCGUCUUCCGCCGUCGGGAGCUCAAGGACGGUGAGGCUUUUCGGUGUGAAUUUGGAGUGUCAGAGGGAUGAAGACGACGGAGAUGAUUCCGUUGCUGCCACGACCGCCACCGAGUGUCCUGACGGUUAUUACGGCCAAAACAUGUACUAUUAUUACACUCCUCAUCCUCAUAACAUGAAUAUAGCUUUCACGGGGGAUACGAUGAAGCAGCUUGGAGAUAGACGAGGAUGAAAGAUCCAAAGAAGUGACAAAGAAUUUGGAAUUGACUUAAAGCUUUUAUGGGACCAGACUUUGAGCAUUCUCUAUAGCCACAGAAGGCCAUUUUCUGGAAAAAUUGUAUGCAAUUUUUAAUAAAAAUAUCUCAUUGGCUUCCGUACCCUAUGUAACUAAUUCGGAAAAAUAGAAAUAUAAAUUGCUGAAAUUUAGGAAGACUCUUUUU